AGUUUACUUGCUGCUGGUGUAUUUGGUCACCGCUUUGGUUCCUUCGCUGACGGCAUGUUUUGCCAGUUCACCUGGCAGAAGCAGCCUGAUAGCGGUCUGGAUCUCGCGAGAGCUGAUGGUCGACUUCUUGUUGUAGUGGGCAAGGCGGGAAGCUUCGGUGGCGAUGCGCUCGAAGAUGUCGUUAACAAAGGAGUUCAUGAUGCCCAUGGCUUUGCUGGAGAUACCAGUGUCGGGGUGAACUUGCUUCAACACCUUGUAGAUGUAGAUAGCAUAGCUUUCCCUUCUCUUUCCUCUCCUCUUCUUCUUUCCAUCAGCAAUGGCUUUAGCCUUUCCGGCUUUCUUCUCGCCUUUCUUUCCUGCAACUUUGGCUGGCAUCUUGCUAAAUCACAAAGAUGAAUAGAUGAGCAGCGCAACUCGUCUUGUAUUUAUAUCAGAAUCGUAAAAGGAUCUAUUACCAUACGGAUCGAAAUUCUCGAUAAAUGAUUGGUUUAUUACGAUACUAACCCCGUGGGUCAGUUUGCUUGUUAUUCUAUCAUACUACUGAAGAUUCAUGUGAUUGGUGACUUUCGAUCUCUCUUGCAUAUUUAACGAACUAUAAAUAACCGAGGUUGCUGGUACAAUAGCUAUUCUGAUUUAUAACAGUCAACGCAUUACACGACAAACAUGUCUGGUCGCGGUAAAGGAAAAGCAAAGGGCACUAAGUCCAAGAGCCGCUCAUCUCGAGCAGGGCUUCAAUUCCCAGUUGGUCGAAUUCACCGUCUUCUCCGCAAGGGCAAUUACGCUGAGCGAGUUGGCGCCGGUGCUCCAGUGUACUUGGCUGCUGUGCUCGAAUAUCUGAGCGCUGAGAUCCUUGAGUUGGCGGGCAAUGCUGCUCGUGACAACAAGAAGACAAGAAUCAUUCCCCGUCACCUUCAGCUUGCUGUCCGUAAUGACGAGGAGUUGAAUAAACUUCUUGCCGGUGUCACAAUCGCACAGGGAGGUGUUCUUCCUAACAUCCAAGCUGUACUUCUGCCCAAGAAGACCGAGAAGAAACCCAAGGCAUAAAUCAGCCUUAACCCAUCAAAAACGGCUCCUUUAGGAGCCACCACAUAAUAAAAAAGUCUUGACUAGCUGGAUACGAUGAGGUAAAUAAGAACUAUGAAAAAUCAUCUCAGAACCCCUCAACCCCAGUUUCUAAUUUUAUGUUAUGAAGUGAUAAAGAAUCUUUGGACUCGAAUGUCGAUCAACGACCAAAUAAAUUUAUUAAGUUUCCACACACCAAAAUCGUAGAAAUAACGACUUCCGAUACGUUACUCGACGCAAAGGCGUUUAACUAUCGCUCCAAAACCGCAAAAUCCGUACAGAGCUUACACGCACCAAGAUCUUAGAAACAACGCCGUUGGAACUUUUACUUGACGCAAAUGUGCGUGAGUUGCGCGCCAAAAUCGUUUAUCGUUGAGGUAAGUACUAAAACAUGGAACGACCUAAAACCACCUGCAACGACCUACAACCACCUCAAAAAUUGCAAAUUCUGUGGUGUAUUCCUCUUUCUUAGAGUAACGCAGCGGGUAGCGCGAAAAAAAAACAAUUGCGCUUACAUACGUGUAGACCUCGUUCUUUAGCGUGACCAAACGGUGUGCGCAAACACGCAGACCUUGUUUCUGAGCAGUUCGAAAAGAGCUGACAUAUUCAAAUAUAUAAUCUUCGUUCUGAAUUUGAACCGACAUAUUCAAAUGUAUAUUCUUCGUUCUUCAUUAAACCGAACCGAAAUUCAAAUUGAAAUUAAAAGUCAUACUUAUUCCUCCUUCUUCAAGCGUAAUUCAAAAUUAAAUCACUGAGCAUUUCGACUUCGCUGGCUAGUAAACUGACAAAUAUAUAUUCUUUGGAGCACUAGUUUAGCUGACCUCUCCUUCAUUCGACUGCGGGAGCGCGGGACUGCGUGAGCACUAGUUUAACCGACCUCUCCUUUAAUUUUUAAUCAACUACGGGAGUGCGGGACUGCGUGAGCACUAGUUUAACUGGCCUCUCCUUUAACUAUUUUUCGACUUCGGGAGCAAUUGAUUUUAGUAACGUUCAAAAGAGGCCGGGUAUUGUGAAGUUGCGUGCAAUGUUCUUUUUCCAAGCUACUGCCCCAUAUCGUGACGCGCGAGGAUGGUGCAAUCCUUUUGUUUAGCAAAUGUAUGAGCGAGAUGUAAGCGUUUGUAACACACUGAGAAAAGGCAUUUAUGUAUAUUGAUCAUGACUUUCUUUGCAUUUGGUGGCUCCUAAAGGAGCCGUUUGUAUUGUGUCAGGAUGGUCUGUCUAACCGCCAAAUCCGUACAGAGUGCGGCCUUGUCUCUUCAGAGCGUACACCACAUCCAUGGCUGUCACAGUCUUUCUCUUGGCGUGCUCUGUGUAUGUCACAGCAUCACGAAUCACGUUCUCAAGAAAAACUUUAAGAACACCACGGGUCUCCUCGUAGAUCAAGCCGGAGAUUCGCUUGACACCGCCACGGCGAGCAAGACGACGGAUGGCUGGCUUGGUGAUUCCUUGGAUAUUAUCACGAAGGAUCUUUCGGUGACGCUUGGCGCCACCUUUCCCGAGACCUUUACCUCCUUUACCGCGACCAGACAUGUUGAUUCCUACUCGUGUGUUUGAGUUAUGGCAAUUGAGCGAACGUUAUUAGGUUUUAUACAGAAACAUAAGACCUCUCAGAAAACAGUAUGGGAAUAAGGGUUACUAUUGGUUGAGUCAAAUAUCUAAGUAUAAUUUUACUGUUAUAUUAACAUGUAUUAACAUAAAUCACACGGUAUUCCCGCCCGCAUAUGUUUCCGAUGGAAACAACUCUCUUUCAUCCACAAGUUACCAGCAACAUUCGCUGAGAAUUGGUUUUACUCUUUAGUUAUGUUACCUAUUAAAUUUAAGAUGAGGAUUACAUUUAGCUUAUGCCUAAACGACCUUCCUUGUUACUUCGGAUCAAAAUAACAUCGCAGAUCCGUGAAACUAUUCACAGCUUUCGUAUCUAACCAAUCAAAUCUCUUCAUUUUGAGCCAAUCACAAGUAAGCCCGCCAGGUAUAAAUCAUUUUCUAUACUCAACUUCCUGCAUUCACUAAUUCAGAGUCGCUGAACAGGAUGGCACGUACGAAACAAACUGCACGAAAAUCAACCGGUGGAAAAGCUCCACGCAAACAGCUCGCCACAAAGGCAGCUCGUAAGAGCGCUCCUGCCACCGGUGGAGUCAAGAAACCUCAUCGUUACAGACCGGGUACAGUCGCUCUUCGUGAGAUCCGUCGUUACCAGAAAUCCACCGAGCUCUUGAUCCGCAAGCUGCCCUUCCAGCGUCUUGUGCGAGAAAUCGCUCAAGAUUUCAAGACAGAUCUGCGUUUCCAGAGCUCGGCUGUGAUGGCUCUUCAAGAAGCUAGCGAGGCUUACCUUGUUGGUCUGUUUGAAGACACCAACUUGUGCGCCAUCCACGCCAAGCGUGUCACCAUCAUGCCCAAGGACAUUCAGUUGGCCCGCCGAAUCCGCGGAGAACGAGCAUAAGUGCUCUUCGCUUCAAAUCAAAAACGGCUCUUUUAGGAGCCACCACAUGAAUAAAAGCAAUGACCAAUUGUAUGAGCUUCUACUAACCAAAUUCUCUGGAGUAAAUAUCAUUAGCAACUCAAAAUAUGUUAACACGUUUACUAAGGGCGCGUUUGCGGCAAGUUCAUUUAUAGACAUUUUCUGAUUUAACACCCUGCACAGUAUAUGAAAACAACGGUUAUUUCACUCCCUAUAUAACCAAAGCGUACUAACUUUUUAUCACUCCUCGUAACGUGUUUAAGUCUUCACUUCGCCCUUUGAUUUUGGCGUUAGUAUUAUGCAAAUCAUCGGGGCUAACUGAAACGUUUCGCCAUUUUUCCAAUCGGUUUCUUAAUUAAAAACUUAACUCAGAUGUCUCAUAAAAUAUAAGUUUUCUCACUGGAGACAUUUAGCACAGGUCUUAUCGAGGUCAACUAUGAAAUGGCGGACGCUGCAGUUUCGUUCUUCGUGUUCAAAUUUCGAGACUGCUAUGCCUUUGAAUAUGCAACGAAAUGCUAAUUUGCUCCAUAUACAAUUAAAUUUUUAGGCUACGUUCCCUAACGUAAUUUUAUGAUUUUUAAAAACUUGAAGUUAGUUAGACAAUAAGCCCGUGCCUUCGUAUUUCUUUGCGUCAUAAACUCUCAAUCGAUCGACAAUUGAAUAAACUGUUUACAUCUAGUAUAUUACUGCUCUUACUUCUAAACUUCACAUAUCUCACGUAUAAGAAACCUACUGCAGGUUUAUUAAGAAUAUUACAUCGCCAACUGGUUUUGAUGUUUUGCUUUGUGAAUAAUCCAUUGCAAUCAUAUUUUAAGAAUACUCUCAAAGUUGACUCCGAUCUUGCCCCAUGAUCGAGAGCGCGCGACCAAUUCAUGCAAAAACUGGUUUGGCUGAUCCGUAACGAGGCAAAUCCAAAAAAACUAUGCACAGAAACUUGCUCAAUCGCUGUUAAUUUUUAAAAAGUUUCUUACAAAAGUAAGACCUAGUUUCGAGUCAUUUUCUUCAGUCGGGACAUUUAACAUUAUACCAUUCGUCCAGGUGAGUCACAUAUCACAAAUGGCGGAUGUUGUAGUUUUGUUCUUCUUGUUUGAGUUUAGAGGCCGCUCUGCCUUCGAAUAUGCAUCAAAAUGUUCAUUUUCUCAAACAAUUACAAAGUUAGGGACUUCUUCUUUCAUAUGAUAUUGAAUAUACUAUUGAAAAGUGACUCAAACAAAACUCCUUUCAUCAUUCAUUCAAAGUUUUCGUUUGAACCUUCAUGCUUUCUACACUUUUGACCCUAAAAAUUCAUUCUUUAUUUUAGUAAAUCAAACUUUUCAUUACACCUACAUUUUAUGAGAUAACUUAGCUAUGCUCUUUAUGGCUAGAAAAUAUCUGAUGUUAUUUAAUUAGCUCGUUAUGAACCGAAAUGUCAAACAAACUAACACAGUUUGGGCGCCGCCAUUUUGCGACAACUCUGUUUCCUCGGUGGUCCGUACACGAAGAAUAAUAUUACCUUGCGCGCGCUCUUAGCAAUCAUUAUUGCUCCUAGUUCCGAUAGUUCUACAGCAAACAACAUGUCCGAGGCAAAGUCCCCCGCUAAAAAGAAGCCAGCUGCGUCCAAAAAGCCAGCUGAGCAUCCGCCUUAUGCCGACAUGAUAAAAGCUGCUAUCUUAGCGUUGAAAGAGCGAAGCGGCUCUUCCCGCCAAGCUAUCGAGAAGUACAUCAAGGCCAACUACAAGGUUGGUGAGGUCGGCUCGCACUUGAAGAUGGCUUUGAAGAGGGGUGUUACUAGCGGCAAGCUUGUCCACACCAAAGGAGUUGGUGCUUCUGGUUCCUUCAAGGUGGCCAAGGAGGAAAAGAAGGAGAAGAAGCCGAAGAAGAAGCCAGCUGCAAAGAAGAAGCCUGCUGCCAAACCAAAGAAGCCCGCCGCCAAGAAGAAAGCAAAGAAACCAGCGGCCAAAAAGCCAGCAGCGAAGAAACCCGCCGCUAAGAAACCAGCAGCGAAAAAACCCGCUGCUAAAAAACCAGCAGCAAAGAAACCCGCGGCCAAAAAACCCGCAGCGAAGAAGCCUGCAGCUAAAAAGCCCGUCAAGAAAGCAGCGAAGAAAUCACCAAAGAAGGCGGCCAAGAAAUAAGGAGGAUAUCAACGCUUCAUUAAAUCAAACGGCUCCUUUAGGAGCCACCACAUAAAAGGAAAAGUUAUGACCAACUGAGUAAUAAAACCGUCUUAGAUGUUCCAGUUCGACUUUUCGAUAAUUAAGGUCAUCACUCCGAUUUUACCCAUUAAUGGUUGCUUAAUCGUCAAUCAGAAUGAGUUAAAAUGAGAAAAUGGCUGCUAUAAGAGCGCAUAACGCGUCAAUUUCGAAUAGGCACGUAAACUUUUCUUUAUGUUAUUCUGACAACUUUGUUACAGACACGCCAUGUCAGAUACACCAGCUACAUAGCAGUGUUAAUCUCGUCACGCAUCACGUUCUCCCCUCCUACAGACAAAAGAUAAACAAGAGAGAUACAACCAUCGGUCUCUGGAGAAUAUUUCCGUACUAAAAAAAGUCGUCAGUCGUUACUUGUAGACUCCAAAGAUUUCUGUUCUCUUGCAACUUCAUCUUUGUCGGGUAUUGCAUGUAGCUUGCGUGUGUUUGCUCCACUUUAAGUGUAAAAACAAGUGAAGAAGCUGCGGAAGGCUUGGCAAGAAAAAAUGUUCUUCCUUUUUUCUUUCCCUACUCGCUAAUCCGUCGCUUCCGCUCAAGAUUAAGAGCUUCGCUGGCUAAUGUACACUUUUUAUUACGCGAAAAUGAAAGAAUAUGCCGAGGUGAAGGUCUAACUCUAUUACACAGGUUAAAUCAGACCGUUUGUGUCUUGCAGCUCAUUUAAUCACCAUUUGCAUAUAUUUGCAUUAAAAUCCAGCGCGUCGAGUAGGUAGGCCGCUAAGAAAAGCUUUGAGCUCCGGAGAUCUACUGUAUAUGGAUCGCGUUUCUGGAAUAAAUCAGCGUUUGGGCAGACAAUAUGUGAUUGAGCAGUUACCGUUGGCAAAUUGAAAAGAAAAAAAAACACUGGCUCAUUAAAGCGUUUAUGUUCAGUGUGACAUUUUUUAAAAUAAAUCAUGAACAGUAGUCUUCGCUUCAUUCGCCGGUCCAUCUAUGAUUCAUAUUUGCUACGCUUUUUCAUUUGUAAAAUUUUGUUUCGUUUCGUCAAGAACACAGUUCGCACAAUCCGGUUAAAAACAAAAUACUAGUUGAUACUAGGGGAAACAUUCUCAUUCUCUUGCGUUCGCAAUUGACUUUCAUAAUAUUUGGUGGCUCCUAAAAGAGCCGUUGGUUUUGGCGGGAAACCCACAAAGUGAGUUUACUUGCUGCUGGUGUACUUCGUCACAGCCUUGGUUCCUUCACUCACAGCGUGUUUAGCCAGUUCACCGGGCAGAAGCAGCCUGAUGGCAGUCUGGAUCUCGCGAGAGCUGAUGGUCGACUUCUUAUUGUAGUGGGCAAGGCGGGAAGCUUCGGUGGCGAUGCGCUCGAAGAUGUCGUUAACAAACGAGUUCAUGAUGCCCAUGGCUUUGCUAGAGAUACCAGUGUCAGGGUGAACUUGCUUCAACACCUUGUAGAUGUAGAUAGCAUAGCUUUCCCUUCUCUUUCCUCUCCUCUUCUUCUUUCCAUCAGCAAUGGCUUUAGCCUUUCCGGCUUUCUUCUCACCUUUCUUUCCUGCAACUUUGGCUGGCAUCUUGCUUAAUCCAAAAGAUGAAUAGAUGUGCAUUGCAACGCGUCUUCUAUUAAUAUCAGAAUCGUAAAAGGAUCUAUUAGCAUACGGAUCGAAAUUCUCGAUCAAUGAUUGGCCUGUUACGAUAUACUAGCCCAGUGGGUCAAUUUGUAUGUUAUUCUUUCUUUAAUCAGAAUUUUACAAUGCUAUCAAAUCGCGCAAAGCUUAAAAUUGAUUGGUGCUUUUCGAUCCUUCCUGCAUAAUGAACGAACUAUAAAUAACAGACUUGGUACAAGUUACCUAUUCAUUCUCAUUGUUAACAGUUAAGCAAUUCACGACAAACAUGUCUGGUCGCGGUAAAGGAAAAGCUAAGGGCACUAAGUCCAAGAGCCGCUCAUCUCGAGCAGGGCUUCAAUUCCCAGUUGGUCGAAUUCACCGUCUUCUCCGCAAAGGCAAUUACGCUGAGCGAGUUGGCGCCGGUGCUCCAGUGUACUUGGCUGCUGUGCUCGAAUAUCUGAGCGCUGAGAUCCUUGAGUUGGCGGGCAACGCUGCUCGUGACAACAAGAAGACAAGAAUCAUUCCCCGUCACCUUCAGCUGGCUGUCCGUAAUGACGAGGAGUUGAACAAACUUCUUGCCGGUGUCACAAUCGCACAGGGAGGUGUUCUUCCUAACAUCCAAGCUGUACUUCUGCCCAAGAAGACCGAGAAGAAACCCAAGGCAUAAAUCAGCCUUAACCCAUCAAAAACGGCUCCUUUAGGAGCCACCACAUAAUGCAAAAGUCUUGACUAGCUAGAUACGAUGAGGUGAAUAAGAACUAUGAAAAUAUCAUCUCAGAACCCCUCCACCCCAGUUUCCAAUUUUGUCAUGAAGUGAUAAAUCCAAAGAAACUUUGGACACAAUGUCGCCUAACGCCAAAUGCGCUUCGUGAAGUUUUGUUUGCGCGGACCAAAAUCGUACAAAUAACGACUUCGGAGAUGUUCUUAAACGAAAAGGUGUGUAACUCUCGGGCCACAAUCGUUGAUCGCUGAAUUUUGUUUUUGUAGACAUCACUGGCGGUUAUAACAAAUUGCGCCCAAAUCCAGUUUGAAAGUUUGAGGGUAAGCCGGUAUGAAUUUUAUUGUACUCUGUCUAUGUAUCUCAUGCGACCCGCGAAACAAAAAUCCGAUUGGAAAGAAAAUGUAUUAACAGGCGUGCUUGAAAAUACAGCUUGAUGAUUUGUAGCUUGGAAGAAAACUAUGGUCGUGUCAAAUAUUAAAAUGGCGAAACAAGACUUGAGAGCGAACAGCGAAAGCGAGUCAGGGCUACCACGUGAUAAAAUGUUUGGGCGACUUUUUUCAUUAUUCCUUUGCAUGCGAUGUGCUGUUCUUCGCGCUUCAGUACUUUAUAGUGACGCGCGAUUUGUUUAACAGAAUGAGUGAAGGAUAUACGGUUUUUAUUCACGCAUAAAAGGAAACAAAUUUAUUGUUCACGACUUUUUUUAUAAUUGAUGGCUCCUACAAGAGCCGUUUGUAUUGCGUCAGGAGGGUCUGUCUAACCGCCAAAUCCGUACAGAGUGUACAUGCACCAAGAUGUUAGAAAUAACGCCGUCGGAACUUUAACUUGACGCAAAUGUGCGUGAGUUGCGCGCCAAAAUCGUUUAAGGUUGAAUCUUUUAUGUCGACGUCACUUGGGGUUAUAGGAAAUUGUGUCUAGUUAAGUUAGUUAGCUGGCUUGAUUUUGAUUUUAUAGCCAAUUUAUACUCAUGCGAUUCAUAAAAGAACACUCGGAAAGGGAAGAAAGUGAUGCAGGUUACUAACAAGCGACAAGCCAAGUAUGCGACGAGAUUUCAUUGCGCGCAAUGUUCUCUUUCCAAGCUACUGCCCCAUAUCGUGACGCGCACUGAUGGUGCAAUCGUUUUGUUUAGCAAAUGUAUGAGCGAGAUGUAAGCGUUUGAAACACACUUAGAAAAGGCAUACAUGUGUAUUGAUCAUGACUUUCUUUGCAUUUGGUGGCUCCUAAAGGAGCCGUUUGUAUUGUGCCAGGAUGGUCUGUCUAACCGCCAAAUCCGUACAGAGUGCGGCCUUGUCUCUUCAGAGCGUACACCACAUCCAUGGCUGUCACAGUCUUUCUCUUGGCGUGCUCUGUGUAUGUCACAGCAUCACGAAUCACGUUCUCAAGAAAGACUUUGAGAACACCACGGGUCUCCUCGUAGAUGAGGCCGGAGAUUCGCUUGACACCGCCACGGCGAGCAAGACGACGAAUGGCUGGCUUGGUGAUACCUUGGAUGUUAUCACGAAGGAUCUUUCGGUGACGCUUAGCGCCACCUUUUCCGAGACCUUUACCUCCUUUACCACGACCAGACAUACUUAUUAUCACUAGUGUUUAAGUUAUGGCAAUUGAAAGAACGUUACUAGGUUUUAUACAGAGAGAUAUGACCUCUUAGAAAACAGAAUAGUAAUGAGGGUUGCUAUUGGUUGAUUUAAAUAUCUAAGCAUAAUUUUUUAGUGUUAUAUUAACAUGUAUUGACAUAAAUCACAAGAUAUUCCCGCGCGCAUAUGUUUUCGAUGGAAAAUAACUCUGUUCCUGAUCCAAAGUUAUGUGCAACAUUCGCUUAGAGUUGGUUUUUCUCUUUAGUUAUGCUAUAUAUUAAAUUUUCGAUGAGGAUAAUAUUUAGCUUAUGCCUAAACGACCUUCCAUGUUACUUCGGAUCCAAAUAACAUAGCAGAUCCAUGAAAUUAUUCACAGCUUUCGUACCUACCCAAUCAAAUCUCUUCAUUUUGAGCCAAUCACAAGUAAGCCCGCCAGGUAUAAAUCCAUUUCUAUACAUAACUUCUUAUUAUCAGUUAUUCAAAGUCGUUGAACAGGAUGGCACGUACGAAACAAACUGCACGAAAAUCAACCGGUGGAAAAGCUCCACGCAAACAGCUCGCCACAAAGGCAGCUCGUAAGAGCGCUCCUGCCACCGGUGGAGUCAAAAAGCCUCAUCGUUACAGACCUGGUACAGUCGCUCUUCGUGAGAUCCGUCGUUACCAGAAAUCCACCGAGCUCUUGAUCCGCAAGCUGCCCUUCCAGCGCCUUGUGCGAGAAAUCGCUCAAGAUUUCAAGACAGAUCUGCGUUUCCAGAGCUCGGCUGUGAUGGCUCUUCAAGAAGCUAGCGAGGCUUACCUUGUUGGUCUGUUUGAAGACACCAACUUGUGCGCCAUCCACGCCAAGCGUGUCACCAUCAUGCCUAAGGACAUUCAGUUGGCCCGCCGAAUCCGCGGAGAACGAGCAUAAGCGCACUUCGCUUCAAAUCACAAACGGCUCCUUUAGGAGCCACCACAUUAAUAAAAGCAAUGACCAAUUUUAUGAGCCUUUAAGAACCACAACCCUCGAACUAAAUAUCUUUAGAAACUCAAAAUAUAAUACCGCGUUUACAAAGUGCGCAUCUUUAGCAGCAAGUUCAGAUUUCAUAGAUUUCUGAUUUAACACCCUGCACAGUAUAUGAAAACAACGGUUAUUUCACUCCUAAGAUAACCAAAGCGUACUUGUGUUUUACCAGUCUUUAUUUACAGGUUUUAUCCUGUUCCUUAAUCCUUUGAUUUUGGCGCUAGUAUUAUGCAAAUCAUGAGCGCCUUCUCCCCAUUUUUCUGGUCGGUUUCUGAAUUAAAACCUUUACGAAAAUGUUUCAUUAAGUUUAAGUUUACAAUAUAAACUGCAUUUCCUCAUUCAAGACGUUUAACACAGGUCUUCCGAAAUUCACGUAUGGCGGGCGUUCUAGUUUUGUUCUUCGUGUUCAAAUUUCGUAAUCACUCUGCCUUUGAAUAUGCAACGAAAGCUCAUUUCCUCCAUACGCAUUCAAAGUUUAGCACCUCUCCUUCCGUUACUUUAUCAUAAAUUAAAAUUUGAAGCUUUUUUUUCUUGGGGUGCUUAAUUAGACGAGAAGCCCGGGCCUUCUUAUUACUUAAAAAUAGUAAGAAUAGUUAAAUAUAACUCUCAAUCGGUCGACAAUUGACUAGACUGUUUACAUCUUGUCUAUUACUGCUCUUACUUCUGAACUUCACAUAUCUCACGCAUAAGAAACCUAUGGUAGGUUUAGCACGAAUAUUACAUCGCCAGCUGGUUUUGACGUUUUACUUUGUGAACAAUCCAUUUUAAUCAUAUUUUAAGAAUAUACUUUCAAACUUGACUCCGAUCUUGCCCGAGGGUCGAGAGCGCGCGACCAAUUCAUGCAAAAACUGGUUUGGCUGAUCCGUAACGAGGUAAAUCCACAAAACUAUGCAUAGAAACUUGUUCAAUCGCUGUUAAUUAAAAAAAAUUGCUAUAAAAGCAAGGACCAGCCUCGAGUCAUUUACUUCAAUCGAGACAUUUAGCAUUGUACCUCUCAUAGGUGAGUCAUAUACAAAAUGGCAGAUGUUGUAGUUUUGUUCUUCUUGUUUGAGUUCAGAGGCCGCUCGGCCUUCGAAUAUGCAUCAAAAUGUUUAUUUUCUCAAAAAAUUACAAAGUUAAGGACUUUUUCUUUCAUAUGAUAUCUAAUAUACUAAUAAAAAAAGACUCAAACAAAACUUAUUUCAUCAUUCAUUCAAAGUUCUCGUUUGAACCUCAAUGCUCUGUAGACUUUUGACCCCGAAAUUUCAUUCUUAAUUUUAGUAAAUCAAACUUUACUUUACAUCUACAUUUAUGAGAUAACGUAGCUAUGCUCUAUUUGACUAGAAAAUAUCUCAUGUUAUUGAAUUAGCUCGUUGUGGACCAAAAUGUCAAACAAACUAACACAGUUUGGACGCCGCCAUUUUGCAACAACCCUGUUUCCUCGGUGGUCCGUACACGAACAAUAACAUUGCCUAGCGCGCCCUAAGCAAUCAUUGUUACUCCUAGUUCCGAAAGUUCUACAGCAAACAGUAUGUCCGAGGCAAAGUCCCCCGCUAAAAAGAAGCCAGCUGCGCCCAAAAAGCCAGCUGAGCAUCCACCUUAUGCCGACAUGAUAAAAGCUGCUAUCUUGGCGUUGAAAGAGCGAAGCGGCUCUUCCCGCCAAGCCAUCGAGAAGUACAUCAAGGCCAACUACAAGGUUGGUGAGGUCGGCUCGCACUUGAAGAUGGCUUUGAAGAGGGGUGUUACUAGCGGCAAGCUUGUCCACACCAAGGGGGUUGGUGCUUCUGGUUCCUUCAAGGUGGCCAAGGAGGAAAAGAAGGAGAAGAAGCCGAAGAAGAAGCCAGCUGCAAAGAAGAAGCCUGCUGCCAAACCAAAGAUGCCCGCCGCCAAGAAGAAAGCAAAGAAACCCGCGGCUAAAAAGCCAGCAGCGAAGAAACCCGCCGCUAAGAAGCCAGCAGCGAAAAAACCCGCUGCUAAAAAACCAGCAGCAAAGAAACCCGCGGCCAAAAAACCCGCAGCGAAGAAGCCCGCAGCUAAAAAGCCCGUCAAGAAAGCAGCGAAGAAAUCAGCGAAGAAAUCACCGAAGAAGGCGGCCAAGAAAUAA